ACUUCUCACUUUGAAGUGCAAGUAUUCUCUUUGUUCGUGACUGACAAAUGUCAAAAAACACUCAUGCCGUAGGUCUACCAACGGGAACUGUCUACACAUUACCGGUACCACAGAAGUGAGCAGAGUAUGAAAGGAAAGGUGAUAAUAGCAAGAGAUAGUGACAUAAGAGACUGUUGACGUUCGGUGGGCGGCAUUAAACGGUCUAUUCUGACGCUGAUUGAUCACCAUGGCAGAGAUUCUGAUGGGUUUGAAAAAUAAGGUAUUGCUAUGGAGCCAUUUAAAUGAAGAGACAGAGUCGUUGCACCUCAAUCACACAAAUGUUGCCGCCAUGAUCACUACUCCGGCCAUGGAGGCUGACAACGAAACCUACACCGGAGACGACAGCGGUCUCCGCGCACAAGCCAUCGCGGCCAUUGUGGUCCCCAUCAUAUUUGGACUUAUAUUCGUUGUUGGCAUUUUUGGUAACGGAACCCUCAUCUUCACAAUUUUAAAAAACCAGUCAUUGCGGAAUGGACCGAACAUUAUGAUUGUGAGUUUAGCUGCUGGUGACUUUCUCCUUAUAGCUAUAUCAGUACCGUUUCUGGCGACUUCAUAUACCUUUCCGUACUGGCCAUAUGGGAACUUCAUGUGUAAACUGACAGAAUACCUUAGAAUAGUAAGUUUGGGUAUAUCAGUAUUCACUCUAAUAACGCUGAGUGCUGACCGCUAUAUCGCCAUCGUCAGCCCGGUUAAAAUCCACAAGGCCAGCAAUUAUAGGAAAACGCUGAUAAUGGUGGCAUCCACGUGGAUCUUGUCGCUGGUGCUUGGAAUCGUUACAGCAGUUUCCUUUGGUACCGUCACCGAAGACGGAGUAGAGGGUAGUGCAUUAGAGCAUUGUUACCCGUAUGCGCAAGGCUGGCCCGAUUGGUAUCCCAAGUUUGACGUUCUGUUCAAAUUUCUCGUGUACUUCACCCUCCCGGUUUUGAUAAUAGCGUAUUUCUACAUAUCGAUGGCCAUUUCGCUGUUCCACAGCGCCGACCGUAUGCCUGUGGAGGAAUGCAUGGACACCCGGAACACUAGCCAUUACCGCAAACAAAUAGAGGGGAGAAAGAAAGUUGCGAAAGUGGUUUUGUCUUUUGUGGUAAUAUUUAUUUUAUGUUGGCUGCCUCGCCAUGCAUACCUGAUCUGGUUCCAUGUCGACGAAAACGGGAACAUGAACCUCUUCUGGUAUGUUUUCAAAAUAGUUGGGUUCUGCCUGGCUUUUAUCAACUCUUGCGUCAACCCUCUGACUUUGUACAUCUUAAGCAAGCAGUUCAGACGACAUUAUAACAGGAGCGUGUUCUGCUGCCGUCGAUGUAAGAGACAGAUUCCAAAAAACGGACAGAAAUCCCAGAGUUCCUUGGGUUACCAGUUAACAACCGCCGAUGGGAACGGCACAGGAGCCCUGGUGAGACGGUCCAGCACCAGCCUCACCGCUCUACAACACACUUGAACAUCGAGGAGGACGAAGAAGAGGCGCUGGAACUGGAGAUACGAACUCUGGGAGGGGGUAACUAAAGCUCUAUUCUCAUCAAGAGGUACAUUUAAAUAGACCGGUCCAGUUACAAACAAUGCCAACUUAGUACACUGGCUUUCAAGUGAGCUAAUCACCUAAACGGAACCCCCGUGCUCGACACAGCCAAUUAAUAUACUUAGCAACAGGAAGGGGACUUGUA